GAAAAAUAUUUAUACUGGCGGGUGGUGCGGUAUCCGGUAACAACAAUCAACAUUGAGUCGUUAGUAAUUGUUUAUGCGCUAUUUAUUUAUUUAUUGUUGGCUCAGCGUUGAUAAAUAAUUCCUAAUCGUACCGGUGAGGUGUGUUAGGUAUUGACUUUGCCAGUAGAAAAAGGAGUACAUACAUUCAUUCUUAUCUUCUAGUCAAAUUUAUUACCAUUUGUUAAGUAUUAUUUGUCUUAUAAGUGUUUAAAUAUAUUAUUUUUUUCUGUACAAUGGGCGAAAAUAGCCAAAAAAAUCAGUUAAACGGGCCUAUUAUUGUCAAUAGCGUCGUGCCAAAAAAUCGCCAAGAAUUAAUAAAAUGGAACGGAUGGGGAUACAAUGAUUCGAAAUUCGUAAUCAAAGGAGGAUCUGAAGUAUAUUUUUCUGGAAGAAGAUACCCCAUAGGAGAGCAAAGGCUCCCCCACAUAUACGGUUGGGUGAAGGACGUUUUCGAUGUCGAUUUAUCGACGGCAGUGCCCAAGAAAUUCAACGAUCUUCCCGAUGAAAAAGCUUACCCCAACCUGAACGUUACCCCAGAGAUACUGGAAAAAAUUUCGCAUUUCAACAUAUCUUUCUCCACAAAGGUUAUCGAUAGGGUGAUAAGAGCCCACGGUCAAACGUUGCACGAAAUUUAUACACUUCAAAACUCAGUAUUUCCUCGAAUACCGGACGUUGUAAUCUGGCCCACUUGCCACGAAGAUGUGGUUAAAAUAGUCAACUUUUGUCACGAAAACAACAUCGUAAUCAUUCCUUAUGGAGGAGGUACGGCCGUAUCCGGAGCACCGGAAUGCCCUCCCGACGAACAACGGACCAUCGUAUCUCUGGAUACCUCACAGAUGAAUAGAAUAUUGUGGUUGGAUAAAGAAAAUCUAGUCGGCUGCUUCGAAAGCGGCAUCGUAGGUCAAGAUCUGGAAAGGGAACUGAAAGUUCUGGGAUUCACCACCGGCCACGAGCCCGACAGUUACGAAUUCUCCAGCUUAGGCGGUUGGAUAGCCACUAGAGCUUCAGGCAUGAAGAAAAACGUGUACGGCAAUAUUGAGGACCUCCUGGUGCACGUGAAAAUGGUCACCCCCAGGGGCACUUUGGAGAAGAGUUGCCAGGCGCCUCGGCUCAGUUGCGGCCCCGACUUCAAUCACUUGGUACUGGGAUCGGAAGGAUCUCUGGGCGUCAUUACUGAAGUCGUGUUGAAGAUCAGACCGUUGCCCAAGUGCCAAAAAUACGGUUCCAUUGUGUUUCCUUCGUUUGAAAAAGGCGUCGAAUUUAUGCGAGAGGUGGCGAAAAGACGAUGGCAACCGGCCUCGAUCCGGCUAAUGGACAACGAUCAGUUCAAAUUCGCUCUCAUCCUCAAACCGGAAUCCUCGUACUUCGCUCACGCCUUGGACGCCAUCAAGAAAUUCUACGUGACCACCAUCAAAGGCUUCGAUCCGAACCGAAUGUGCGUCAUGACCUUACUCUUCGAAGCGGACGAGAAACAAGUGGAAACCAACGAGAAGAAUUUGUACGAUUUGUGCAAAACCUUCGGGGGAUUCCCGGCGGGCGAGACGAACGGCGAACGGGGCUACAUGCUGACGUUCGUCAUCGCCUACAUAAGAGACCUCGGGCUCCAGUUCGAAGUCGUGGCGGAAUCGUUCGAGACCUCCUGUCCCUGGGACAGGGCCGUCACGCUCGUCAGGAACGUGAAGCACGUGGUGGCCGACGAAUGCCGGCUGCUGGGCAUCACGCGCUUCCUGAUCAACUGUCGCGUCACCCAAACCUACGACGCCGGUUGCGUGAUCUACUUCUACUUGGCGUUCAACCACAGGAACGUGGGCGAUCCGGUGCGGUUGCACGGCAGGCUGGAGACGCGCGCCCGCGAGGAGAUCGUGUCGAGCGGCGGCAGCGUGUCGCACCAUCACGGCGUGGGAAAGUUGCGGCGGAAGUGGUACGGCAGUACGGUUUCGGAGGCGGGCGUGGGCCUGUACAUGGCCGCCAAGCGGCAGCUGGAUCCGAAGAAUAUCUUCGCUACCGAUAAUUUGGUGACGCAGGCUAAAUUGUAACGCGUUUAUUUACCGCGAGCAGUCGUAAUUCUAUUUGUAAAGACGAUUUUUCAAUAUACGGUGUUCAUGUGUGUUUA